UAUUUUUAAGUUUGCGUGCUGCCUGCAGAAGGAUGCGUGCCCGGCAACAUGACCCCCAUCAAUCUGCCACGAGCCAGAGUGGGACAAUAACAUUAUCAUACCAAUACACCAUUCAGCGUCAGCCAAUCAACGCGCAGCACUCCCACCGCUCGGCACAAGCCGCAGGAUAUAAAACAGGGGGGACAGCAGUAUUGAAAACACUCGCUCUCGGAUACUUUAUUCGGACUGUUUUCCAACUCUUCCUUUGAGGAUAUACACUUGGUUGUUUGCAUCAUGACUUUUGAGGAGGUCCCGAUCCAGAAAGCUGCUGAGCGCGCUCAGUGCACCGGCCAGGCUCUGGAGGAGGUCCUGGAGGCUGCAAAAGACAACGAGACUCUCACCGUGGGUGUCUAUGAGUGCGCCAAAGUUAUGAAUUUAGACCCGGACAGCGUGUCCUUCUGCGUCCUGGCCAUGGAUGAGGAGUUCGGGUGUGAUAUUGCUCUCCAGAUUCACUUCACGCUCAUCCAGUCCUUCUGCUUCGACAACGACAUCAGCAUCGUGAGGGUGACUGACAUGCAGCGCCUUGCAAAUAUUGUUGGAGACAAGACGGAGAAGCUUGAGGAUGUGCACUGCGUUCUCGUCACGAACCCAGCCGACGGGUCCUGGGAGGACUCUUCCAUGGAGAAGCUCCACCUGUUUUGCGAGGAAAACCGACGUUUGAACAACUGGGUUCCUGAGAUCAGCCUCCCCGGGCGUUGAUCUUGUGCUCCACUCAAUUGUUAUGAUGCUGAGAAGCUUCUUACCUGGAAAUACUCGUCCCUGGUAAACAGGACGACCCUGUUUCUGCUCAUCCCUGGAAACUCCUGAGGAGGAUUGCCAUCCAGGUUGCAUGGGGCCGGCCCCCAGGGGGGGCCCCCCCAUGAAAUGUCGUCUCUCGUCCCGUCCAUGCCAAGAUGACUCUCAUUCUUUAUGUGAAUGAGGGUCAGGCAUGCCACGAGAGCGACCCGUCGACCCUCAUUCUUUGUGCGGAUGAGGUUUGGAGAGGAUGGAGAAGCGAGUUCUGCGUUCUGUGGUUUCCACGGAGCCAAAAAGUCGCACGCUCAACGCACGCGCAGCAGGAGAAGAAGCGGUGCCGAGAAAGAGGCCUUCUUAAAAAGAGACUUUUUAAAAAGGUAGCCUCUUUGCUGUGCAACACGACAGCAGUUGCAGUCAGUGGAAAUGUUCCCCCCUCUUUCCAGAAUUGUCUUUAAUUCUCUAAAGGUUUCACUUUAGAAAUGUUACAAUGACAAAAAGAAAAAAAAGAAUAAUGUAAUUUAUCUAAAGGUUUCGCUUUAGAAAUUUUACAAUGACAAAAAAAGAAUUAAAAAAAAGAAUAAUGUAAUUUAUCUAAAGGUUUCGCUUUAGAAAACGACUUUUAAAAAAAAA